ACGCUGAUCACCUUCUUCGACCUGGCCUGGCGGCUGCGCGUGAACUUCCCCUACUUCUACAUCGUGGCCUCGGUGAUGCUCAACGUCCGCCUGCAGGUGCGGAUCGAGUGA